AUGGCUAUGACUGGUGUCAGAUUGCCUGCUGGUGUUCUAAGAAAGCCAGAUGCCUGGACUGGACUCUGGGGAGCACUCCGAGGAAUACCUUCUUCAUACAAACUCUGUGCUUCCUGGAAUCGAUACUUAUAUUUUUCGAGUGCCAGGUUAAAUGCAUCCAAUUAUAAAACACUUUUCCAUGAUGUUUUCUCACUGAGAUACCCAAGGCUUUUGAUUUCUCCAGAAUAUAUUUUUCCACUUUCCAUAAGACUUAAAAGUAAUAUGAACUAUAAAAAAUCCACUAAAAAGACUCUACAUAAAGUAGAAGAUGAAGAGGACUCUGAUGAAGAAAGGGAUGCUGAUGAGAUGAGCGAGCAGGAAGAGGAGCUCGAGGAUGAUCCCAGUGUGGUCAAAGAAAAAGUAGUGUGGUCUUUGCGGUGCGAUGUUAUCAUGAAGACAGGUCCGGAUGUUGGAAGAAACAAAGUGGAAGAUGCAUUCUACAAAGGUGAACUCAGGCUGAAUGGGGAAAAAUUAUGGAAGAAAAGUGGAAUGGUGGAAGUGGGAGAUACAUUAGAUCUUCUCAUUGGAGGCCAUAAAGAAGCAGAAACAGAGACAGUGGUGAGAAUUCUCCCGAAAAAAAGUGUUUGGAGAGAAGACUGA